AUGGAUGUCGCUCACGCCGCCCGUGCGGAGGGGUGCGGUGUGCACGCGCUGCGUCACCGGCGGCACCCAGUGCGCAGCAUCUUUGCGCCCCUGCCGCGCAAGGCGCCCGUCACGCGGGCGGAACGCCCCGCUGGCGCCUGCCUGCACUCCUUCAAGCGUGCUCCGGGAGCGCAUUCCUGCCCACGCGGCCUGGUCAGGCGCGGGCGCUGCAUCCGAGCCUCGGCCACCGCGGACAGAGCCUCCGAGCCCUCGGAGCUGCUCAGGCUGCAGGCCUGGAUCAACGAGUUCGGCGAACAGCCCGCAAAGCUCACACCGUCGACACUUCCGGGCGCGAACAGGGGGUGGGGUCUCGUCGCGGACGAGAGCCUGAGUCAGGGUCAGCUGUUGUUGCGGGUGCCAAAGUGGGCGAUGAUGACGGCCGAGAGCGGGGCGGCGUCCGCGCACUGCGGCGCGCUCAUCGACGCCGCGAACCUCUCGGAGUGGCAGGCGCUCUGCCUGCACCUCCUGUGCGAGUGCGCGGCGGGAGAGCACUCGCGCUGGGCUGCGUACCUCGCCGCGUUGCCUCCCCGGGACAGCGACUGGCACCCCCUCCUCUGGCCCGACGAGCGCGUCGAGCUGAUCAGGGGUUCGUUUAUGUCUGAGACGCUGCAGCGGCGCGUGGCGGAGGUGCUGUCCGACGUCGAGGUGCUGGUGAGUGCGGGCGCGAACGAGCUGCUCGUCGCGGGCCAUCUCUCGGAGCCGCUCGUCACAGAGCGGUCGAUGCGGUGGGCAGCGGCGGUGCUGCUGUCGCGCGCGUUCAGCCUGAGCUUCGAGCGCGACGAGUUCGACGUGGACGACGACGACGACGACAACGCUAUCAUCCUCCAGGACCCGCAGGCCGCCGAGCCAGAGGCUCUCGACGUAGAGGACUUUGAUCGAUCGGGGUGCGACGGGUUCCUGGAGCCGCCCGUGGACGCGUCCUUCCUGGACGACUCCUUCUCGGACGAGAUGCCCGGGCGGUGGGACGCGCCGGCGCCCGCGCUGGCGCUGGUCCCGUGGGCGGACAUGCUGAAUCACUCCAGCGACGCAGGGCAGUCGUCAGUGCUGCGGUUCAACCACGGGACGCAGCAGGCGACCCUGCGCGCCCACCGCGACUACUCCCCAGGAGAGGAGGUGUUUGAUUCGUACGGGCCGCAGAAGUCCCCCUCGGAGCUCCUGAUGGACUACGGCUUCGUGGACGCUGCGAACCGCAACUUCUGGGUGGAGGUGCCCCUCGCCGUGCUCGCCCGGCCCGCGGGCGCCGCGGCGCAGGCGCUGUUCGAGGUCGCGCUUCUGGGGGACUUCGGCGCCGUUCUGGACGACGCGGGGCCCGACCAGGCGAUCCUGUCGUGGGUGCGCGCCGCCACGGGGACCGACGGCGAGCUGGCGGAGCUCGGCUGGGACCCGGCGGGCGGCGCGAUGGGCGACGCAAUGGCCGUGGUGUGGGAGCUCGAGGAGCCCGCACCGCGCGAGUGGGAGGCGAGGAUGUACGACCACCUGAUAGAGACGCUCGACACGCAACUGGCCAAGUACCCGGCGUCGCUGGAGGAGGACCAGGCGCGGCUGGCGACGGCGCAGCUGAACGAGGGCAGCGCGGUGGAGUGUUCGAUUCGCCUGGCUCUGAUGUCGGAGAAGAUCGCGUUGAGAGGCAGCCUGGAGCGGCUCAUGGAGGCCCGCAAGCGACUGUGA